AAAUGUCGGCGCCGUGACGUGCGUGACGGGCAGUGUGCAAGAGGCUAUUCCGAAUACCUUAUGGAAUAUUUUGAAGUGCAUGACGUGACGUGACGUGACGUGAUGGGACGUCACGUGAGGACUAUUUUGAAUGGGCCUCGAACCUUUAUCGAUAAAGAACUAUCGAUAUAUCGAUGAUUGAAAUUUGAGUUGCCAUGGUCUUGUCGAUAACUGUUUGUUUGCGAUAUUUGGUGAACGUCAUAAGUUUUGUUAUCGUGUAUUCUGUAUAAGUCAGUUUUUGGAAUUCAAAGAUGUCCUUAGAAAUGUUCAUCAUGAAAUGUUUAAAAUAUGAUAAGUCAGCAGACAUGUGCAAAAUAAUUGACACAAAAGUUAAGAAAUAUUAUCAUGCAUGUAAUGCUGCUUAUACAUCGUCCGAAACCUUCAAGAAGCUUCUGCAAACAAGAAUGGAACUGAUAGACAAGGAUCCUAAGAAUCUUUAUGUGUAUGUCAAAGAAGUUGUCGAUGAACUGAAACUGAGAGGUAAGAAAGAUCCACCAAGGAAAAAAAUAAAACUUGAAACAGAUUCACCGGAUAGUAGCAACCUAGAAAAGCCGACUGAAGAAGUAAAGACGGUUAAAGAAGAACCACAUUUUCAAGAGAGAGCCGCAAAGAAAUUGAGCAAAAUGCUGCAUUGCCUUCAGAGAAGAAUUACUAAACUAGAACAAAAAGAAGUAGACUGGGAUGAAGAAAAUGACUCCACAUACAUACAGUUGCAAAGGUAUAAAGAGCGUGCAGUUGCAGUGUACAAAAAGCUGCAACAGUAUGAAUGUGGUGCCAUACCAAAACUUCAGGAGAGAAGAGCAGUAACAUAUUCAGGAACUGCAUUUCCAAGUGUCAACCGUGCUAUUGAAAAGUAUGUGAAUAAAACAGGACAGUUCCCUGAUUAUCAAGAUGUUUUGAAACUUUUCAAGUCUGCAUAUGAGGAGGAGAAAAUGAAUAUUUCUCCUGAGAGACUAAGAAACCAAGCUAAAGCAGCAUUCCAGACCAUUGGAGAGCAACUGCAGCGGCAGCGACAAUUCUCUACGUGGAAUGCACACUCAUAUUAUUUGGGUGAUAACAGGGAUCCAGCUGAAGACGACCAGGAGCUGGAUGAGAAACUUAGAGAGAACAAGAAGGAGUUUGGGAGUCGUAUAAAUGAGGUUAUUGACAAAUUUGCUGAUCAAACAAAAGACAUGAUACCAGAAGAGGUUGCUGAUGAUGAAAUAGCAAGCAAAUCAGAGGAUGAAGAAGAGGAUGGUAGUGAAAAAGAGACUGUUGAUGGAAGCGAAACAGAAGAUGACUUUGUUGAUAAGAUUUUGGCAGAUAUGGAUAACAAUGGCAAUGAUACCAGUGAAAAUGAACAAGAAUCCGAUGAGGAGAGUGACGGCAACGUGGAUGGAGAAGACCUACAGACAGAGGAAACUGUGUGUGAAGAUAAUAACAGCAAACAAGCAGAAAAUGAAGAAGAAAUUGUGGUAAUUCAUGAACAAAAAUCAGAACAUAAUAGUGACAAUAAGGCAAAGUUACUUCGUGAAAGGAGCAAAAAUAAUGAAAAAUGUAAUUUGCUACAGGAAUCGCCAAGAAGAGAACCUAAAGAGAGAGUGGUAAUUGCCACAGCUUCAAUCAAAGUUGAAGCACAUGGUAUGCCACAUAAAAUCGAUGUUAGGGUGUCAAAUUUUUCUUCUGAAAUGAGACCAUCUAAACUGCAGGACAGACAUAAUGGUAUGCUGCAAGAAUGUGAACAGUCCAAGAAUAAUACAUCAAAAUUUCAUUCACAUGAAUCAAAACAGGUGGAAAGGCACUUAACAACACAUCCAGAGAUUGAUAAUGACAGUGAUAACGAUGUCAUUAUCUUAGAGUGACAGUAAGCCAGUGUUUUUACCCACUGGGGAUGAUAUUUGAAUACCAACCAAAUAUUUAACACCAACAGUGCUUGCUUUGCACAUGAAGGUUAUUUACUCUUUAGUUGUAAGUUUUUAAUAUGUAUACAGUUAAUAUAUAUACAUUUGGUGCAGCUAGAAAGGGCACGUAUAUUAUUUUUUGCCCUUUGUAAUCAGGUGUGAUUUUUUAUUUGUGAUUUGUACAGAAAAUUUUAUUAGACUCGAUUUAUAUAUUGAAAGUAUAGGUUCUUGAAAACAGUCAUAUAUUUAUAUAAAGGGCUUGUACUGAAUUAAAUAAAAUACCACCAUUCUGUCUAACAGAAGGUGGCAUAAUGGUAUGGUGAAAAGUUCUCAGACUGGCUGUGAAAGUUUUGUGUUUCUGUUAAAUCAAAAAUGCUCUUUAUGCUUUGACAUAGUCAUAUUUUAAGUCAGUACCCUCUCUGUUAUGUUAUUCUAAUCCGUUUACAGCUCCCAUAACGUGUUUGGUGGAUUUGAAACAUUUUCCAGUAACAAACUUCUUCAGAUGUGGGAAAAGGUUGGUCAGCAUCAUACUUUUCACCCAUUUGCUGUUCAUAUUCCACAUCACGCUAUCUUAUUUUAUGACGAAUCAGCCUUCUCAGCAAAUUACGGUUCUUAAACUUCUCUUCUUCUGGGAUGAUGAUUUGGGUAUGUCCUCUUUGCUCGAUGUCAGACUUCACUAUGUUCUUGUACCUGAGUUUUGGUCUUCCUUUUGGACUUUUGUUUCUGAUAUUCAGAUCAUAGAGUAGUCUCAUUAACCUUUAGUACCCCUGCUUCACAUAUGCCUCUGCCAUCUCAGUUAUUAUGAGAUUAUUUUAUCUUGUAGGCGUACAGACUUGAGUUUGUUUUCAGAUUUCCUCAUUCCAGUUUCUAUCCCUUCAUUUCUUGCUAUGAAGGAACCACCGUUUAACUGUCUGAAUUCUGCUGAAGCUUUUACUUCUUUCACAACAGUACAUCAAAAUGGACAUGUGAUAAUAUUAAAGGAGACAACUCACCGAAAGCAGUAGCAUUGAGUGGUCAAUAGUCACUCACAAAAACAAAGAAAACUUGCUAGCUUUUGAAAUAAUCCUUCUGUGAGCUCGAGAAAAAUUCACACGCACACACACACACAAAACACAAAAAAACACGUACGCACUUAUGCACAUAUUGUACUACAUAGUGCCAGCUGGACUCGCCUGCACCAUGUAAGGGCACAGACAUGUGUAUGUGUGGGUGUGCAUUUUUUGUGUGGGUUUUACUUUACAUCUUAGAAGGUUUAUUCUAAAAUCUUGCAACUUUUGUUUCUUUUUGUGUGUGCCUAUACACAACUCAACAAUUGUGCUUUCAGUGAGAGGCUUACUUUAAUCCAAAAGUAUUGAUAUUCUAACAGUACUUUCCUACACCGUAUAAUAGGUUUUGUAGAUACCUCAGUUACAUUUUAAUGGUACUUUCUUAUCCCAUAUUAGGUCUUCAACUGUUUGAUCGAAGUUAGAAUCUGUUUGAAUUCUGUGGGUGUGAUUUCUUUGUCUACACCAGUAUCGAAAGAACACUACCAAGAUAGUUAAAACAGUAGGUUAUCUGUAGUUGCCCUCCAGUUCAACAUGUCCUACUGGUUGCCCAUAUCUUUUCAUGACCAUCACCUCACUUUUCUUGCGGCUGAAAAUGAGACCACAUACUUUAGCAGCUUCUGCACAGGUGUUUAUUUGAUCUUGAAGGCCUUAUUUAGAGUUGUUCUGCAGAAUAUACAUCAUUAGCAAACAAAAUGGUUUUCGGUUUUUCGUUGCCAAUGAUUUGGUGUAAUUUUCUCUCUAUCUUUUUCAUUUCUGUAAUGAAAAGAACAGGAGACAGAACUCCAUCUUGCCUUGACCCAUACUUCAUGUCAAAGAUUUUAGCCAUUCCCACAGGUGUUUUGUCUUUACUGUGGGUAUCUUAGUUCAAAUUAUAGGAACUCAUGAAUGAGACUACCCCUGAUUUUCGAUCCGAAGUAAAAUUGCCAAAAGAAAAUUUAUUUCUAUGUGAACAAAUUUCUAUUAAAGUUUUCUAAGUCGCCAAAAGAAAGUGUUUUUAAUUCAGUAUUGAGAAUGUAACUUUUCACGACUGUAUCGGACAAUAUUGGUCAAUUUACUACAGAAAUAACAACCUUGGAUAAUUUUUGAGAUUUAACAGAGUGAAUUUGCUUUUAGAAUCCCUUUUUACCUAAUUUUACAGUAGGCUGUGUAGAUCUACAUUUCCUCUUGAUAGCUGCUGGUCAGGCUAUUGUCUCCGUUUAUUUUCUCCCUCCAAUUCUUGAAGUAGGUAAGUAUGGAAAUUAUUUUUUUCUAACUCUUGAUCUUGCUGUUUUUCAUAUUCAUUUAUUGCUUGUACUUAUUUACGACCAUAUGAAAUUGAGUUGCAAUGAAAUCUGACAUUAUCGAAUCUUCAAACUGGUCAGUAUCAUUUACAUGAAUACAUCAGUCACUUGCACUGUUCCUAUGAACUGCUCUACCUGUUAUCACAGUAAGAGAUCUUAAUUCCAACUGUUGCCGCUCUCGACUGGCGGACGUCUAUCAACACUACCGCACCUCUUUGGUCAGAGAUAGC